AUGAGCGCGGCGGGGUGUGCGGCCGGGCUGCGGCCCCCCAGCUCGGGGAUCCCGGGCUCCCGGGGCGCGUCGCACCCGCGCCUGCCCGCGGUCCCUCCGUACCCCGGGCAGCACGGCGCGCCGGUCGGGCUCAGCGAGGCGCAAAAGCGGGCGCUGGACCUGGAGAAGAGGCUGCAGUUCCUGCAGCAGCAGCACUCGGAGACGCUGGUCAAGCUCCACGAGGAGAUCGAGCACCUGAAGCGAGAGAACAAGGAUCUCCACUACAAGCUAAUCAUGAAUCAGAAGCCGCAGAAGAAAGGCAGCAUCUCCAGUUCCAGCUUUCAGUCCAACAAGUCCAUCUCGAAUACAGUGGUGUCAGGCAAGGCCAGGCCCCAGCCCACCUCCUCUAAGAAGCAAGACUCGAAAGCUGACGUUCCCCAGAAGUUGGACCUGGAGGAGGAGCCCUUGGUUGCUGCCCUGCUUCACAGCAGCAGGGUGGACAAAGCCCUCAGGGCACAGGGGCUGGCCAAAGACAAAGUGGAGAGCUCUAAUCCAGCAGCCACCUCGGUGGCCGGCAGCCUGCUCAAGGGCAAGCAGGUGCCAGGGGCGCCCCCCUCGAUGAGGCUGCCCCCACAUCUGUGCAAGCCCGCCACACUCCAGCAGUGCGAAGUGGUCAUCCGCCAGCUGUGGAAUGCCAACCUCCUGCAGGCCCAAGAGCUGCAGCACCUCAAGUCCCUCCUAGAAGGGAGCCAGAGACCCAGGGCUGCCCCCGAGGAGGCGUCCCUCCCCAGGGACCAGGAGGCUCUGCACCCGGGGACCACGCAGCUCCCCAAGGUCGCCACCAAGGGCGUCUCUAAGAAAUGCCUGAUCCUGAGCCGGGCGCCCGUGGCGGAGUGCGCCGUCCUGCCCGCACUGAAGCAGAGCCUCAAGAGCAACUUCGCCCAGCGGCAGAGACGGCUGCAGGCAGUGCAGAGCCGGCGGCUGCACUACUCGGUGCUCUGAGUGCCAGGCCCACGACUGCUCACCCUCUAGGUAGCACUUCCAAAGAAUCCUAGUACAUUUAUGCCAGCCUCACUUCCAGACCAGCCAAACCCACAGCAGAUAAAGUACGUGGCCUCAGGGCUGAGGAACUGUUUCUUUCUU